UGACAGCGGCGCCGCGGCCCCUCGCACACAUCCCCUUGGGCGCGGGCGCGGGCGCGGGCGCGAUCCACAGUCUCGCCGGCGUCUCUUCGGCCAAACCCCACGGCUGGAAGAUGUGGCAGCCGGCCACCGAGCGCUUGCAGCACUUUCAGACCAUGCUGAAGUCUAAACUGAAUGUCCUCACACUGAAAAAGGAACCUCUCCCAGCAGUCAUCUUCCAUGAGCCGGAGGCCAUUGAGCUGUGCACCACCACACCGCUGAUGAAGGCGCGGACUCACAGUGGCUGCAAGGUCACCUAUCUGGGGAAAGUCUCUACCACGGGCAUGCAGUUUUUGUCAGGCUGCACCGAGAAGCCCGUCAUCGAGCUCUGGAGAAAGCACACGCUGGCCCGCGAGGAUGUCUUUCCCGCCAACGCCCUCCUGGAGAUCCGCCCGUUCCAGGUGUGGCUGCACCACCUGGACCACAAGGGCGAGGCCACCGUGCACAUGGACACCUUCCAGGUGGCGCGCAUCGCCUACUGCACGGCCGACCACAACGUGAGCCCCAACAUCUUCGCCUGGGUGUACCGAGAGAUCAACGACGACCUGUCCUACCAGAUGGACUGCCACGCGGUGCAGUGCGAGAGCAAGCUGGAGGCCAAGAAGCUGGCGCACGCCAUGAUGGAGGCCUUCAGAAAGACCUUCCACAGCAUGAAGAGCGACGGGCGGAUCCACCGCGGCGGCGGCUCCGGCUCCGGGCGCGCCCAGGAGCCCGAGUCCGACGACGGCUGAAGGCGCCCGCGAUGCCCCGGCCGAGCGGCACCGGGCCAGGAGUUCCACACGACAGCUGCCUAUCACGCCACGACUGAUUCAAAUUACGAAAAGACUGGCCAAACUGCUGGCUAACCAUGCUUGUUUUAAAUUCGGAAGAGCACUCUAAAUCUAAAGAAAUGUAUCAUCGAAGUAAUUAUGUGACAUUGAAAUCUGCUGCUGUGACCAUGCUGGGUGGAGUGUGGAUGGGAUGGGGAGGAAGGGUCUAGAGACUAGACAGGUUUUUGUUUUUGUUUUUUUGGUCAUAUUUCAACGCUUCCUCGUGGGAGAUCUCCAAUGCUGAUUUUCACCAUUCUCAGGCAAAUACUCUGUGGCUGAAAUUUAAUGGACCAUUGCAAUCCGCCUUAUGAGAUCCAUCAGGAACGUUCCGGGCAAAUCCGGGACCCCUGGGGGUGGGGGCAGCGUGGUGUGGGGUGAGGCUGGUGCGAGGCUGAAGGGUGAAGGGACCCCCCCCCCCCGUUGACCGAGUGCCCUUCCCAUGGCCUGCUGCAGACACUUUCCUCAGAAUCCUGAUCAGCACAGCCGUGACUGAACUUUACAACUAACAGCACUCUAGUGGGCAGUUAAUUUGCAGUUAAAAGGUAAUGCUUUUAUUUACACCAGUAUAUCGAGCAGCACCCUUCCACUGUAUUCAUUUCAUCUAUUUUCUUAGAAGACUUGCAGUUAAUCUUCUCUGCCCUCCUCCUGCCCCAUCCAUCUUCUUCCCCACCCAUCCUCUUGCCCCGUCCAGCAUCCCUAAGGAAGGAUGCUAGCCAACAUACACUGCAGGACACCAAAAGGGCAGAAAAGAACCAAGAAAAUGACAGGUAGAGGAAGCAAAACAACCAGGAGUUUCAAGCAACACAAACCCUAGGAAAAAGGAAUGAGUGAGAAAACUCCAUGGAGGCUUUCUUUUAUUGAGCUCUGAUUGGGGGUAACUUACUUGGUUCAGCGUCCUGUUGGACAGAUCCUUGACGGCAUGUUUCAGAUCUAGCUGGACAUUGCCAAGAAAGCCUCGGCCCAUCAGCACUCAGCAUCUCGCUACAGCAGUGAAUGAACGACAUCAACUCAGAUUGUCUACAGAAUCCCAUGUCCACUGAAACUUAAAGGGAGAUUUUAUCUUGUCUUAAAGUAGGUGAUAUCUUAGAGUCAGAAUUGUCACUUUCUUCAUUAUUUCUGAUGAGAACUUUUCAUGAAGAUCACUUGAGAUAUCUGUAUCAUGGAUCUUUAGAUACUGCAAAGAAUCAACUUGGAAUGAAAUUUAGAGCAUUUGUUCCAAUGUACACAUUUAAGGCAAAGAACAGAUGAUUCAUUUUUCAACUUAUUGCUCCUUUAUAGAGUCUUUCUUUUUUUAAAUUUUUAUUUCUUGUGAUGUUAGGGGCAACAGAGCACCUUAGAAGCCUUAAAUGAGAGCUAAUAUAAUCCAGACAGCAAUGGUGUUGGCAUUUUGGUCUGUGUACCUAUGUGUUCAUGUAUGCAUCUGUGUGUGUGUGUGUGUGUGUGUGUGUGUGUGUGUGUGUGCACGUGCAUCACCGUGUGUGGGUCUAGUUUUCAGGCAUGUACAAUAAGCAUGGAGUCAAAUUGAUGAGGACUCGCCUUUCAAGGCUAUGCUUGUUGCUUUAUGACAUAUGUAAACGGUUCUUUAGUAUAAAUGCAUUCACUCUUUAAUAAAAAAUAUGUUUGUGUUAAUAAAGCAGAAACAUUUCUUA